AUGAUUAGUUCGGGAGUUGCGCAGUGUAGACGUAACAGGGACGGUGUCUCUGUCACAGGCCUGAGGUCCCAGCUGACAGAUUCUGAUAUGGACUAUGAGAGGCCAAACGUUGAAACUAUCAAGUGUGUGGUGGUGGGAGACAAUGCAGUCGGAAAGACCCGGCUCAUCUGUGCCCGGGCCUGCAAUGCCACGCUGACUCAGUACCAGUUACUCGCUACCCAUGUGCCCACAGUCUGGGCAAUUGACCAGUACAGAGUAUGCCAGGAGGUAUUAGAGCGCUCCAGAGAUGUGGUGGAUGACGUCAGUGUGUCCCUUCGUCUCUGGGAUACUUUUGGAGACCAUCAUAAGGACCGGCGUUUUGCAUACGGCAGGUAA